GUCAAGUAUUCAAGUCUGGCCUCUGCAAGGAAGCAGCCAGACCUGUUGUAAUGUUCUCUCUCGUUCUAACCCUUCUUCUUCUGCUCUCCGUCUCUCUACCAGACGCUGUCAGGGCUCGAGAAAUCGAGAGGCAGCCAUUGGGGCGACCGGGAUCCCAACCAGGAAGGAACCCUGAACGGUUAGGCGCGCCGGCACCGGGUCAAGACGUCGUGCCACUCGUCGUCGGCAGCUCGAUCAUCGUUCCCGACAAGACGCUUGAACGACAGCAAUACCAAGACGCGGUUUAUAGCACUCUGCUCGCUCAGUUGGCGUCUGACAAGAAAUUGGGCCACAAGAAUCCAACCCAAUGGUACAGCAACUAUAACGACGUCACAGGCCACCUUGGCUGGACCAUAGAAACUUUUGAUACAUUUUCCAAGUACCAGCAGCGAGCCUCCAAAGUUGAUUUAUCUACAGUUGUUAGUGAAACUCUGAAUAGCAGUGGCAAGCUCACAGCCACCGAACUGGCGGCUGUAGAGAAGUCGACCGCAGCUCUGCGACAGUCUGUUAACAGAUCACCUCUCUCUGUGUUCAAUAAUCGCAGUAAGCUUGGGAAAUCGGGAAUUUUUCAGGUUGCAGUUGUAAGCAACGACGGAGGCGUGCUUCGUCUCAAGUUUGGAUCUUAUUACUAUGCGUCGACGGUGGAGGAGUCUUCUGUGUUGUUCUUUCCUUGGAGUGCGAGGAGUCUGACAGUGUACGCGAGAGUACAAGUGUUGGAGCUGAAUGAAGAGGUGUACAAUCAACUGAGAAGUGUGGUAGCUCAGAAACUGGAGAAAUACCGGAACUUGAUGAUUAAGCCCAUCAAAGUGUGAUAUUCCAGGUGAAGGCAUGCGGAUUUGGAUUGAGUAUAAAUCUGCUCAUUUGCUAUGAGUGUUGACUACGCUUUAGCUGACUGCUGAUCUACAAAUUGUCUAGUGUGUGGUUUGUGAAUGGCUGGCAGAACAAUCAUAA